GCCUCAUAUAAGUGUCUUGGCGUCAUUUUCAUUGCUUUGGCAAUAUAAUCAAGAACAUUUGAGGCAGAACAAAUUUCAAAUUCAACCAAACUUCAGAAACGUUCCUCUCACAAUUUCAAGAAAAACCAAAAACGUGAUUUCGUUCCAAAAAUUUUGGGAAACCAGAAACAAUUUUUGUUCGUGAAUUUCUAAGGAGCAGGGGCCAAUUUUGUUCAAUCAACAAAUGUUUUCCAACGAAAUAUUAUACGGAGUUUUCCCUACUCCAGGGUCAGACAGAUAGACGGGUAGACCUCCUCAGUAGGUGUUGCCCGAGAUCAGCUUUAUCGGUGAUACGCAAGGAUAGUUGAGGCACUGAGUGCCAGUCUCGCUCCCAGGUUCGAGGCGUGACACAUGUUAUACCACGAGUUUCCAAAUGGUUCAGUACAAGGCAGACUUCCAGGGGAACACCAUUCCAUUCAAGUUCGAGGCACAACACAUGUGCCAUCAAAAGGUCAUUGUGGAGAAAGAUACCAUCGAGCCAGAUCAGUAUCAUGUCGGCCGUGUGCACUUCCAUCCAUCAUGGUUGGUAGAUGAUAUAGCAGGGGAUGUCAAGCCAGGGAUUAAUCUAAAGAACAGGGUUGUAGACAACGUUUCUGAAGCACAAAUCAAAUACAGGAUGUUGCACAAAAGGGCUUUCGAGUCUAAAUCCAGGCAUUUGGAACAUUACAAAGUGGACAUGGAAGCAAUCAACGGGUGGAGAGAAAUUGCUACUAAGGCAACAGAGAGGUUGGAAUAUUUAGAGCAGGGGUUGAUGGAACUUGAAAGGAAGAUGAGAAACAGGGUAGCAGGCUGUCAAAAUAUGGAUGGCAAUGAAGGAGGGCUCAUAGCAAGGGUAUAUCUUCUGUUGGACAUGCACGACCUGGGAAUCUGAUCGAUGGAGCAAAGAAGGCCAAGCAUGGAGAAGGUACCUUUGGGACCAAAUAGAUUAGGAACGAUGUUUUACUUGCUUUGCAAACUCGUUUUAGACUUUGGUUGUAAUAACGCAAAUGUCAUUAGUGACUCUUUAUCA